AUGGAGUGGGAAGCGACUGCCUUUGGCCGACCAGUUCUUGCCCUUGUGCUUAUUGCUUCUCUGGCUUUAUUUCCAGCAUUAUUAAUCCCUUCCGGUCCUUCCAUGUGGUUGGCUGGGAUGAUUUUUGGUUAUGGCCUUGGCUUUGUUAUAAUAAUGGUUGGGACAACCAUUGGGAUGGUCCUCCCUUACCUGAUUGGACUAAAGUUCCGUAACCGCGUUCAUCAAUGGUUAGAGAAAUGGCCCCAGAACGCAGCAAUGAUUAGACUUGCCGGGGAAGGAAGCUGGUUCCAUCAAUUUCAAGUAGUUGCUCUAUUUCGAGUUUCGCCUUUUCCGUAUACUAUAUUCAACUAUGUUGUAGUAGUGACAGAUAUGAAGUUUUGGCCCUACUUAUCCGGAUCAAUAGCAGGAAUGGUACCAGAAGCUUUUCUCUACAUCUACAGUGGUAGAUUAAUAAAGACUUUAGCUGAUGCACAGUAUGGGAAGCACCGCCUGACGACAGUGGAAAUCAUAUACAACAUUAUUUCUUUCAUCAUUGCCGUUAUUACCAUUGUUGGCUUUACUGUUUAUGCAAAAAGGUCUCUAAAUAAACUGAAAAUGUCAGAGGCGAUAGAAGAAGUUGUGUCUGUCUCAGUUUCUGUUUCUGGGAAUACUAGUCUUGAGAUGAAGAAGGGUUCCCAUUGA